AAGAUAUUAAGUAACUUUUCUUACAAAAAGACACUAUAUAUAUGUGUAUUCAUUAUCAAAUGGGAUGUUUGUGACCUUUUGUCUUUUCUUCAAUUCCCUUUCUCUUUCCUUUCUUUUUGUUUUUGGUUCCAAAAAAAUGUAUGCAAUGAAAGAAGAAGACUGUCUCCAAAAUUUUCACAACUUACAAGACUAUCAAGACCAGUUUCUUCUACAUCACCAUCCACAAAUCCUGCCUUGGUCAUCUCUACCUUCAUUUGACCCGACCUAUUUCCCAUCCAACCCGACCCGUUAUCCUGAUUCGGUCCCCUACUUCAACAGGAGAGCUUCUUCUUCCUCUUCUUUUGACUAUACCGAUGGUUUUGUCUCUCCUCCUUCCAUGGAUCAUCAUCAUCAUCCCAACCACCUAAAGGUUUUAUCGGAAGCUCUUGGACCCAUCAUGCGACGUGGCACAUCCUUCGGGUUUGAUGAUGAGAUUAUGGGGAAACUGAGUGCACAAGAAGUCAUGGAUGCUAAGGCGCUGGCUGCUUCAAAGAGUCAUAGUGAAGCUGAGAGAAGAAGACGAGAGAGAAUCAACACUCAUCUAGCUAAGUUGCGAAGUAUUUUACCAAAUACAACCAAAACGGACAAAGCUUCAUUGCUAGCGGAAGUGAUCCAACACAUGAAGGAGCUAAAACGACAGACAUCACUGAUCACGGACACGAGUCAAAUCCCAACAGAGUGCGAUGAUCUAACCGUUGACUCUGCUUACAACGACGAAGAAGGAAAUUUGAUGAUAAGAGUUUCCUUUUGUUGCGAAGACAGGACUGAACUCAUGCAUGACAUCAUCAAUGCCUUAAAGUCUCUUCGUCUUCGAAUUCACAAAGCCGAGAUCGCAACCGUAGGUGGCCGAGUCAAGAACGUCUUGUUCUUGAGCCGAGAAGACGAUGAUGAAUAUCGUAGAAACUUCGAUGGUGUUGACGCGGAUAAUGAUGAUGAAGAGAAGAGAUACAAUCGUGCGAGUUCGAUAGAAGAAGCGUUAAAGGCGGUUAUAGAUAAGUGUGUCAAUAAUAAUGAUGAUAACAAUAACUUGGAUAAAUCAUCUUCAGGGAGUAUUACUAUUAAGAGACAAAGGACUAGCAAGAUGGUAAAUCGAUGUUAUAAUUAAUUCCUCCCUCAUAAAAUGAUUAACAUCAUCAAGUCUUUAAUUAGCUAUGUGCUAACUAGACUUGCAAAAUGGGAUAAUGUGACAAUUAGUAUGUUUGGGGGUCGGGUUAAUCUUUUUACCUUGGUUUGGGUUUCUUCUUCUAUGGUUUUAAUCUAUGAAGGACCCUUUAUUUAGGGUUUUAUAGUGAUGGGUUCGGUUUAUAUAUGUAUUAUAAUCAAAGAUAUUUUCUCGUCUUGAUUAUAUGAAAUGUAAAGAGGUUGGGUUUAAUUUAUAUUACUUGAUGUAGUGGAAUCAAGAACCUUUUUUAAUUACGAGCAUCUGUAUUAUGUU